AUGAGCUGUGGAUACUGAAGCUUCACUUUACUUUUGUGUUUUUCAAGGCUACAGAUACAAUUAUCCCGACUGAACUGCACUUUACGCAAAAGACCUGCAACUGGCAAUUCACAAGAUGGCGAAAGAGGCAUUGUUUGCUGUGGUGCUGGGUCUGUGGCUACUCUGCAGUCGUGUGAAAUGCUGGAGCAGCACUGGAUUUCAAGGCGCUGUUCCUCAUCACACUAAACUCAGCGCAAACUCCUGGGAGCAGACAGCGCAGCCUGCGCCGAGCUGGGCCGCCACGGGAACGUCUGCGCAUGCGCCGGCCCAGGAGGUGCUCGACUCCAGCCAGGAGGCUCUGCAUGUGACCGAGCGCCACUACCUGAAGCGGGACUGGUGCAAGACGCAGCCGCUGAAGCAGACGCUGCAGGAAGAGGGCUGCAUCAGCCGCUCCAUCAUCAACAGCUUCUGCUACGGCCAGUGCAACUCCUUUUACAUUCCGCGGCACGUCUACCAAGAAGAAAGCGCCUUCCAGUCCUGCUCGUUCUGCAAACCAAAAACGUUCACCAUCGUCACUUACACGCUGAUAUGCCCGAGUCAGAUCCCGAGAAUCAGACGGAAACGCGUGCGGCGCGUCAAACAGUGCCGCUGCACUUCCAUAGACCUGGAUUAAUACUGAUCACCAAAAGCUUUUUCUUUUCCAUAUGGCUGAUUAGUAACACUACACACACACACGCAAACACACCCACUCACCCACCCACACACACACACACACACAUACACACACACACAUACAGUCCAUGAUAUACUGUAGAUUUACUUCAGUGUCCAGAACAGCUUUUAGUUAAGCUCUGACUGGAGCUUGAAUACACUCUCAGAAAAAAUAGGCUCACACUAAACUCUCCCUUUUCUUGUUGAUGGAGUGGUGCCCUUAAGAACCUGUCUUUGUACUUUUAAUACCUAUUUUUCAUCUGGAAACAUGGCUAUAGUGUAGCUUUAUGGUUUUAUGGUUGAUUGAUGAUUUAUGGACCUAAUGCUCAUAAUUUUGGAGUAAAGUUUUACACUACAUGCACCUUUCUAGGUAAAAGAUACACACAAAUGGUGCACCCUUGAGGGUAUCACCCCAGCAAAAAAGAAAGGUACAGUUUAGUCCGCCUUUUUUUCUGAAAGUGUACAUGUAAAGAGCAAAUUGUGCAAAAUAGUCACUGACUGUUCAUAACACAGGCUAUUAAUUUAACCAGUAUAUUAAUUCAGCAGUAUUAGUGUCUUUUAGGAAAUUACCACCAUUAUUUAUCAUGGGGGUCUAUUGGUGCUCCCCUCACAGGCCUCACAUUAUUCUGAUCGCUGUGCAAAUGCAGCCUCUGUGGGCCCUUUUGCAGUUUUAUGAAAAUGCAAAAGUCUGUUCCAGGUCCCUUGAGAAAUGAGCCCUAGGUAUUCUGUUCCACUUAUUCCUCCAGCUGGGAUGCUCUUAUGCCACUGUAGCUACUGCCAUUUCUGCUUGGAUUUCUUAAAUGGUAAAUGGUAAUACCAUAGCUGGCGUAAAGUCAGUGGUCUGGUUCUCUAACAAGCCUUAAGAAUUUUCAUUUUCUCGAAUGAAAAUGUGUGGUGGGUUUUGCAGUGCAUGCUAUGCUUUCUGUUGCACAAGCGUGGCGUUUAGUAACACAGAUGUGGGCCAUGUUUUGUGUGCAAAGUUUGUAUUCAUCAAAUGUAAAUAUACAGUAUUCCAACAAUGAGUGAAAAAUCCUGUCAGUCUCCACUAUGUGGAUGAACACUUCCUGAAUGAUGAAAAGAAAAGACUCAUUUGUGUAUAUAAUGUAUUGUAAUAAGUCUGAAUGCUGAAAAAACAAAAUGUAUUUUUUAUUUUAAUUAAUAUGGAUAUUUAUUGCCUUCAGUUUUAUGUUUGAAUUUCUGAACUAAACCUCUCAUUGCUACUAAAAUCUGAUUCAUCCUUCCCAAACAGCAUCUUUAAAAUAAAAGCUUUUGAAAUUGAUAAGCUAAACAGAAUUUCCAUGUUCAAAUGUUUAUUUUAUGUAAAAUAUCAUGAGACUAUGACUUUUUUAUGCUGUGAUUUUAUUUCAAUGUUUUAUCCAUCAAUACAAGUGUUCCAAAAAUACAAUAUACUCAAUAUGCAAAAUAAAGAUAUCUUUUGUUGUCUGUA